UGUCGCCAUCCGGGUGGGGCGCAGUCGGGCCCAGGACACUGGGCGCAGCAGCGCCGGGUUCUCCUGCAGCCGUGCCCCCAACGCCUCCUCGGCGUCCCACCCUGAACCUCAGGCGUCGAGCUGGUGAUGACAAACGCCCAGAGACGCCGGUGGCGGCUCAGGAGACCUCGGUGGCAAUGCCGCCUCCCGGGCUCUCUAGGACCCUCGUCUCGGUGGUUGUCCCCGAGUUAACCCAUCAGUGACCGUGCCCCCACCGCCACUCCUGGGAGGCAGUCGGGGAAGAGAAUGACAGGCUCUGUGUCAUUAGAAAUCCUCUGUGCGGUCCGGCUGUGGUCCCCAACGCCCUGAGGUAAGCUUGACGCAGACAGCUGGCAUCAAAUCCACAAACUCGGAAGAAAGUGGAGAUUCCUCAGAGGCCUUAGAGCUCGGCCAGAAGCACCUUCCUUUUCUCUGGAAACAUCCAAGGAGCCGGGAGUGCGCGGACAGCGGAGCGAUUCGGGGUGCGCAUCCCCCCCUCCCCCUUCAUGUUCCCACGGCGCUCAGGCGGCGGAGCUCACUCCCUACGCCCAGGCGCAGCCACGCCCCUUUUCCCAGUCGGGACGAAAAGCCUCCAACAGCCUCCGCCGGCGCCUCACGGCCCACGCGGAUGGAGCGUCGCUUGGCAACCGGCCGGAAGCGGAAGUUGUGCCGGCCACCGGAUGCGGAAGUCGUGCCGGCCAGCGGCAAGCGCCUGCGUGAGCGGGAAUCGUCCUCGCCCGCGUUCUCCGGGGUGACCGUCCCAAGUCGCCCGUGUGGUCACCCGCGAAAGCGCGGCUCAUGGCGCCAGCGUCCCGGUCCCGGUCCCCCGAGGACACGCCGUGCUCUCGGAGGCGGCGACGCCCCUCGUCCAGGAGCGGCCGGUCCCGCUCUCACUCGCGCGGCCGCGAGGGCCCCGGGCGUCCGUGGGGCGGGGCGGGCGCCGGCGCUUCUUACCGACUCAGUCGCUCCGCGGAGCGGCCCGGGCCCCGCAGCUCCGCUCUCUUGUCUUCCACCCACCACGACCGUCACCAGCGGGGUGCGGGCGACCGGCGGCGGGCGGAGGAGGGCGAGAGGGCGCGGGAGGAGCGCCGUCGGCAGAGGCGGCUGAAGGAGCGAGCGAGGGUCGCGGAGACGGGCGCCCCCGAGGUGUGGGGGCUGUCGCCCACGUGUCCUGAGCCGGAUCCUGACACCACCGUGGACGAUGAAGAGGUAAAAUCUCAGAAGGUCGGCAAUUCAGAUUCCAGCCCCGAAGGAAAAAAGAAAAAGGAAACCAGUCGUUCAAAGAACAAAAAAAAGAAAAAGUCCAAAAGAAAAUACAGGAAGUAUGCUGAUAAUAGCGGCGGGGAUUCAGACGCUGACGCUAAUUCUAGCUCUGAUGAUGAGGAAAAGAGAGCAAAAAAAGCCAAGAAGAAAGAGAAGAAAAAGAAACACAGAGAGAAAAAAAACAAGAAAAAGAAUAAGACUAAAAAAGAACCCAGUGGCUCAAGCUGUAAGGAUUCAGAAGGGGAGUCGUGGGAAGAUCUCUGCAUUGCGCGCUCGAAGGUCGCAGGCACCGUGGACCUAAUCGGCCCAGAAGCACCCGUCAUCCACACCUCUCAAGAUGAGCAACCUUUGAACUAUGGCCAUGCUCUGCUCCCAGGUGAAGGCGCAGCUAUGGCUGAGUAUGUAAAAGCUGGAAAACGUAUCCCACGAAGAGGUGAAAUUGGGCUGACAAGUGAAGAGAUCGCUUCGUUUGAAUGCUCAGGUUAUGUCAUGAGCGGUAGCCGGCAUCGCAGAAUGGAGGCUGUGCGACUGCGUAAAGAGAACCAGAUCUACAGUGCCGAUGAGAAGAGAGCCCUUGCGUCCUUCAACCAAGAGGAGAGACGGAACAGAGAGAAUAAGAUUCUAGCCAGUUUCCGGGAAAUGGUGUACAGAAAGAAAAAAUGACAAAUAUGGACUUUUGUUCUACAGCAGGACUUGGACCAGCAACAACUGUAUAUGACCAAAAUAGUAUUAAAAGGCUUUAUGGUGUUAUUCUACCUACUAUGUUAGUAAACCCUUAAGGAAAAAGCUGCUUUUUUUGAGGUGUCUUUAGCAAUUCAUUUUUUAUUUCUAACAGAAAGUAACAUGUGUAAAUGGUUUGUUUGUUUUUUAAAGAUUUUUAUUGGGGAA